AUUGCAUUUCAGGAUGAUACCAAAGGAGUGAAUCAAAAUCUAGAAUCAAUGGGUAAAGAAAUAGCCAAAAAAUGUAAAGGGGUUCCACUAUCAAUUAAAACACUAGGAGGCCUAUUACGAGGCCAAAAAGAAGAAAGUGAAUGGGAAGAUGUUUUAUGUGGUGAUUUCUGAAAAUUAUAUGAAGAGCAACGUAGUAUCAUGCCAAUUCUGAAACUCAGUUACCAAAACUUGUCGCCUGAAAUGAGACAAUGUUUUGCUUAUUGCUCUUUAUAUCCCAAGGAUUCAAAAAUUUACAAGAAUGAGUUGAUUCAGUUAUGGAUGGCACAAGGUUACCUUAAAUGUUCAACUAAAAAGCAGCACAUGGAAGAUGUCGGUAACAAAUUUGUGAAGAUAUUUUUGAUGAACUCAUUUUUUCAGGAAGCAGAGAAAGGUAUAUAUGGUGAGAUCAUUAGUUUCAAAAUGCAUGAUUUAAUGCAUGAUCUUGCCAUGUUUGUUGCUGGCAAUGAUUAUUGUUACUUGGAUAGUAAGGCAGAAAGAGUUGAAGGUAGACCCAUGCAUGUAUCAUUGGAAUCUAAGGCCAUUCAUUUAUUGAAUUCAUUAGAUGCAAGCAGGCUGCGAACUUUGAUGUUAUGGUCUUAUACUGAGGAGAACUUGUCUGUUGUUUCAAAUUUGAAAUACUUGCGCAUCUUGAAGAUGUCACCUUCUUCAUUAUGCAAGUUGUCUAGUUCUGUUGGACGAUUGAAACAUUUAAGAUAUCUUGAUAUGUCCUGCAAGAUUUACCCCUACAAAGAACGACAAAUAAGUCUUCCCAAAUCCAUAAGCAAUCUUAUUUUCUUACAAACAUUAAAAUUGUACGAGUGGGACAAAGAAUUUUUUCAUGAUUCUAUCACAAAAUUAGUCAAUUUGAGAUGCCUUGAUGUUGGUUAUCUUCCCACCGUCACUGGUAGAAUGACACUUGAACAUGAAGAUGGGAUGGUUGGGUUGGGAAAAUUGUCCUCAUUGCAAUUCUUAUCAACCUUUGUCGUUGGAAAUAGCCAAGAAAGAAAACAUGGCACACUAAAUGAAUUGAAGGACUUAAACCUAAGAGGCCACUUAGAAAUUAAACAUCUCAAUUGGGUAAGAGAGGUGGCCUUGGAAUCACAGGAUGUAAAUUUAAAAGAAAAAAGCCGCCUUCAAUCCUUGCAUCUAAAUUGGUCCGAUGAAAAGGAAAGUGGCAUUCAUAACAGUGACAGCUUACAGUUAUUAGAAAGCCUUCAGCCCCAUCGUAAUCUAAAACAAUUGAAGGUGUAUGGGUAUCCAGGCGUGGUUUUUUCAGAUUGGCUUUCAUUCCUCACAAACAUUGUUGAUAUCUCUCUCUUCUACUUUCAUAAUUGCCGCUAUCUCCCACCGUUGGAACGUCUCCCAUAUCUGAAGUCACUUGAGAUACGGUCUCUUUAUGAAUUGGAAUGCAUAUAUCUUGAAGAUGGUUCUGCAGUAACCUUCCCGUCUCUGGAGAUCCUCAAAUUAAGGUUUUGUCCCAAACUUAGGGGAUGGUGGAGGCGAGGAGAUGAUAUCAAUUAUUCUAAGGAUUCACAUAAUCUCUCCAUAGCUCCUUCCUUUCCUCGUCUUUCUGAAUUACAAAUCUCUUACUGUCCAAAGUUGACUUGCUUGCCUACUUUUCCAAACAUUAAGGAUUUGUAUUUGCGUGAUUGUGGUGUGGAGCCUUAUAGCAAUCCUCCACACAGCGUCUACGAAAAGAUAAUGUGAACACCCAAUGGCUUUGCCAGAUUAGAUUUGCAACCUCUCCUCGCAUACCUCCAUCUGAAGUACCUCAAUUUUGGCAUCCAAAAGUUAUCCUUUGGGGUAAUUGAUUAUCAAGGUGUAAAUGGAGAAAACAAAAAGAAAAACAAAUACUGGAUAAUGGAUUUGAAGACAGUAAAAAAUUGUUGGAUUUUCAUAAUGUUUGGCACCACCCGCUCAGGGCUUAAUGGCUCGUGUUGAAGGAAUAUCUGCUUUCGAAUUGGACAGGCUUGCUGAAUAGAAGAAAUGCAAGCCCAUUUUACAUGGCCAUUCCCCUGGUUGAGAAGCAAGCUUGAUUCUUGGCCCGCCGUUCAAUAUUUGGCCUUAAAAUGUACUUGGAGAAUCUGCUUAUGCUAAGUUCCCUAUAUUCUACUAAGGUAGCUCUCACAAUUUUGGGAGUUUGUUGCUUAAUCUCCAUCAAAGGAACCCGUGAAGGUCUCAAUCAAUGUAUAACUUCUCAACCUCCCAUUGGGAAUGCCGCUUUGAAGGAGUAGGUUCUCCUUGUAUUUCUACUACCCUUAUCUCACAUAAAAACUCGAAUAUUUUUUAUUUAUUUUUCUUGUUUAUUAUUUUUCUUUUCAGCUACAAUAAUAGAAAAUGUUGCUUUUAUUUCAAGAGUUAAUUCAUUUUUCAAGAUUUGGUUCCCCGUAUCUUCAGCUUGUUUUCAACAUUAUAAUUCUUCGCCUUAGCUGUUGACUUGUUGAAAGAAACGUGAGCAAGGUGUAGUUAAGAGAACAUUGGAGUGCGAUUGGUUAGGGGAGCAGGUCUUGUGCAGAGAUUCUUCUUAUGACACUGCUGGCUAGUUCCUUUGGAAAAAUUAUAAAGUCAAUUUAGCAAACACACAGAUAGAUGAAUAGUUCAGUUGGAACCAUGUUCCAAAGGAUUAUCGUGUGAAUACUUUGAUUGAGGUGGAAGAAUUUGAUUCACAGUUGCUAAAACUGUUGAUGGUGUUCUGACAUCGUAUCAAUUAAGCCUUUCCCUGUGCAUUGACACAAAUGGGAAAACAAAUGCAAGAUAGGAGAUGUAAGAAAAUGAAGCAAAGUGCCUUGUUUACCUUCAUUAUGUGCCACUUGGACUUGGACAAGUAAAUAUUGUAGAUUGAUGAUUUGUUUUAGUUUUCUUUUACUGUG